AUGUUUCGAGCAGUCCUACGCCAGCGCCAUGCUCCACGCUUCCAAAGAACUUUUGUUUCUACAGUUCUCCUCUCCCGAACUUGGGAAAAUGAAACUGUAGUCACUUUGCGUCAGGAAGCGAAAACUCGAGGUCUUGCGACCAAGGGCAAUAAAUCUGUCCUAAUCAACCGCAUUCAGGAGUACGAAGAAUCUAGGGCUGUUCCAUUUUUGCAGCCUACCCCCGUCCCAUCACGCAAGGCGUCUUCGUCUGCCACUGCACCGCAGGCUAUAUCUGCAAGCAUACCACCUGCGUCUCAGCCUCCAAGCGCCUCCGUGACGCCCGACUUUUUGUGUGUCAGAAUGCCCGACCUCUCUCAGGAUGGGCCAGACGCACCCGUUCAGGCACCCUUUCUUCCCGAUUUCUGGGAUUCCUCCAGUCCGAAACCUGAGCCCAUAGAGCCUUCUCACCCAAAAUUGCACGUCGUUUCGGGGUCUGCGACACAUCCGGAUGGUGGUCCCACAUACAACCUUGAAAAGCCUCAGGAAGCUAUUGAGGAGUCUUCUCCUGAAGUACACGCCGAAUCCGCAGUUGAAUCUGGCUUCUUCCGUGAUGUAGCCGAUAACCUUGGGCUGCCGCGGACUUUCCGAGUUGGCGAUGCGGUCUCGAACGUCGUUCAUGCUGCCAAGGAGCAAGGGCCUGAUGUGCAUGCAAAGUCUAGGCCCCUCAAUAACGAAGAAACGAAAGGAGUUUGGGUCCUACUCGGUUUACUCGCAGGGUCAUGGAUCAUUGGAGGGUGGGCCAAUCGCGCGCGGCCUGUACCUGAAGUGCAUGGCACGGAGGAGGUCAAGGACUAG